CAAACACGACUGUUGUCCAUUGAGCUGGAUUUUUCGGAAGACGUCAGGAACUUCAAGGGUAGCUGGUCAAGCGCAGCGACAUUUAAAUAUCAUAAAGAAUGCGGGUCAGCUGCAGGGGUGAGCCCGGUUGAGCAUUCGGUCAUCCCAUCUUCAAUGUGCAAGAUUAAACGAAUGCGAUGGAAAUGGAUUUGGAAAUGCUCUUUUCGGAUUUUCAGCUGAAACAUGGUUUAUAGAAGUUUCAGUGUUGCAGAACUUAUGUCGCUGGCCGUCGUAGUGGGAUUAGUAUUUAUCUGGAGCAGUGGAUCUGAUGGCCAGGUUUAUGGAAACUAUAGUUUGAAACACGACAACAUCAGUCUUCGUCGUGAAAAGAGGCGAACCCAACCACAAAAUGGAUUCUUCUUCCCCAUUGCCAUGUACACAGUCCGACAUCACAGACCCCCCAAUGACAGAGGCAGAGCUGUCCGCCCGGAAACUUGGGAAUACCGUGGCCAGUACUUCUACGGGUUCCGCCCCAGACCGAACAGUGGACGAAGGAGGGCUGCUAGACUUCUGGCUGCAGGCCUGCCCCUUCUUCUUGCCCCUCUACUCAGCAUUCUUUUCUCAUUCCCAGUUGUGAUCCCAGUGGCGCAGAUGACAGCCGUCACCACUGGAGCUACAUUUCCUGGUCACUAUGGCCGGCGGAGAAGACGAAAAAGGUCUGAGCCACCACCUUACUCACAAGAAAAAGCAGCUCGGUUGAAAGAGUUGGAAGUAGUUACUGAUUAUCUGCAUCAGGUAAAUUACGACGAGAAGCAGCAAUCACGAGUGAUGGUGAAUUAUCUCCAAUGCAAUGGACUUCUUAGUCCUGAAGACCACUGUUUGGAGAGACUGUCUUGUGAAUUCGGUGAUCCUGCCAACGAAAAGGCGCCAGAACUCGAAAGGACAGUCACCUCCAUUCUCCUUGGUCAUAUGCUGGGCAACGAAUUCAUUCCCAAACCUUUCAAGAAGCGUCUCAAAGCUGCAGCUACUCACGGAAGACACAAUUCCGGCAAAUGCAACAAAUACUUCUGCCACUACGUCGACAAUAAUUGGGACUUCACCUCCACGUAUCCCCAGUCUUCGGGAAAUCCAGAAGAUAUUGAUCACGGAGAGCAAGAGAUUCAUCCUUCACAAGGCUGAUGUCACCAUUAUUCUUCAUCCAUAUUCAUGCUUAAUAUUUAAGAGAUUUCGAUUGAAAGUUAUUUGGAUCUUGUAAAUUAAAUCCUUCGUAGAUUUUCAAAAGAUGAUUUAUUUGAAAUAAUAAUAACCAUUUCUUGAUGUUAUUUAACUAAAACUUUAAAAAAAAAUUAGCUGAAUUCAAAAUUAUGCAAUUAAUAUUGAUUACAAUGAAAGUGUGGCAAUAGUGGAUUUCCAAAGUAGUUUGGAUGUUAUUACCAAAUUGUAGGAAAAAUGUAGAUGAAAAUGUUUUUUUUAUAUAUAUAUAUUAGGUUCUUUAUAUGAAAUGCAAAUAAUUCUAAGAAUCUUUUUUAGAGAGAAUGUAGAAAGAGAUAAAAACCAAUAUCUAAUGAACCACCACAUUACAUAGAGCUCAAAGACUUAAUUUUUCACUACAAACACGACCUUGAAAGUUUUAUAUUAAUAUAGGCUAAUUUAGUAUAAUUUAAGCCGAUUUCUGUUUAAAUGUGGGAUCCAAGAUGUAAAACAUUAUCACUGAAGAUUGCUGAUUGCCUCGCUUUACAUAAUGAAUUCCUCGUUUGAGUAGGAAACCAGGUCCAACGGUGUGUAGAUCUUGCACGGCUAGUUUGAACCAGCUUAAUAGUGAAAAGUUUAAAUACGAUUAAAAAACUUGACAACUAAAUUGUAAACAGGAAGAAAUCUAGUAUAAUUGGUCCAUGCUAGGUAGAGCAGAAGUACAUAACAAUGGGGCUAGACAUAACAUAUAUAGGUACAUAACAUAUAUGGUAUAUAGACGUAACAUAUAUGGUACAUAACAUAGCUAGGCAAUAUGAUUAUAGAGUAAACACAUUAGUAGUAGAAGGAGGAUUUAGAUUUUGGCCAGAAUGGAGUGUAGAUUAGUCAUUGCAGAAAAGUUAACUAACUGAAGUGAUUUUUUUUUCUUUUCCACUGUCCUCCUUUAAAAGGAUCAUUUGAAUUAUGGUUCCAGUUUUGUCACUGGCCCAUGCUAGGUACAGCAGAAGAGCAUAGCAAUAGGGCUAAAUAUGAUUAUAGAGUAAAAAUAGUAGUAGUAGGAGGGGGAUUUAGAUUUUGGCCGGGAUGGAAUGUAGAUUAGUCAUUGCAGAAGAGUUUAACUAACUGAAGUAAAAAAAUUUUUUUCCACUGCCCUCCUUUAAAAGGAUCAUUUGAAUCAGGGUUCCAGUUUUCUCAUUGGUCCGUGCUAGGUAGAGCAGAAGAGCAUAGCAAUAGUGCUAAAUAUUAUUCUAAAAGGAUAAUGAUAGGAUUUAAGUAUUAGUUUGAAUGGAUUGUAAAUUAUGUUCAUGAUCACCUAGUAGAGUUUGAUUUCGAUGAAAGUCGAUAAUUUUUAUAUCGAAAUUUCUCUAUCUCCACAUCAUUUGAUUAUCCGCAGAGAUUUAUUUACGAUUUGGCUGUUGCCUAAAGCCACUGGAGAUUCAAGAAAAUCGAUCGAAAAAUAUUAUGUCUUAUUUCCAAAUAAUGAAUUUUGCAAAACAUACAGAUUUUAUGAAUACAAAAUAUCAGAUCAAGAUUUGUCUUGUCAUUUAUAAUUGAUUAGAUUCCUAUUUCAUUGACGUUUGCUUAGUUAUUACAAUCUUUAUAAAAAUUAUCAUUUGCUUAGGUAUCAAUUUAUACGGAUUUAGAUCACGCGAAGUCAUGAAUCCUAAUCAAUGACUAGAUAAAAGCAUAUAUCUUUUCACUAAGUAAAAUACUGAAUAAAUUCAUUAACAUAUUAAUAUGAAUCUAGAUAUAUUUAUAUAAAAAGUGCCUAUUAAAAAGUGUUUCUAGGACCUCAAAAUGCAUAAAUCCACUGCUGAUUAUCCAUUGUAUUAAUGAUCGCUUGAAUGUUAUUGGAGGUUUAGAAUUCGCUUUGACAAAUCGUACUUCAAAAUUAGAUUUUUACAAUCAAAGAUGUAGAUUUCGCGUCAUGAUUGAUUGUUAUUUGCGAAAACAGCCUAUUUUUAAAAAAAGUUACUUUUUUGACACCAAAAGUUUAAAACAAAAAAAUCAAAAUCUAACUGCAUUUAUCAUAUAAUAAAUUGUUUUAGCAUAAAAAAUAAUGAAAACUCUUUGAUUAAAUCUGUGACAUUCGCAAUUAUUUUGAGCAUAGAUUUUAUUCGUCUAAUUUCAAAUAACCCUAAGUCUUUUAUACAAUGAAAAUUCAAAAACAUUUUUAAUCUUUUAACCUUGUUGUUCAACUAUUUUAAGCAUCCAUAUAUUCGUUUUUGAAAUUGUAAUGACUUUCUUAUAAAUUAUUGAAUAUUCAUAAAAUCUUUUAAGCUACCAACAAUUCUUAAUUGAAUUCAUAUUUUAUUUAACUUCUACGUUAAUGUGAUUUUUAGAUGAUAAUAAGAUGAAAUUUCUUAUUUUAUUAUAUUAUUUUUAUUUUAUAUCGGCAACCAUUCUGGGAAGAGCAAAAGAUUGAAUUUAUUCUUUUGAAUUCUCAUCCAUCAUAUUUUAUUUUUUUUCCUAGGAAUAAUUUUAAUUUAAAAGAAAAUUGAAUAUAUGCAUAUAUGUCGGUACCUUUGAAGAGUUAAUUUCAUCGAAAAUAUCUGAACAGAUUUCUCUAUUAAUAAUAAUUGAAGUUUAUGUGAAUAUAUUUUUAAA